CACAGAUCCAUAUCAAAUCUAAAUCCUUAAUCCUAAACAAGUUGGUGGCCAUUUCCUUAAUUAAUUCAUUGAUUCAUUUCGAUGAACCUUCUGCCCCUCCCUGUCACCCAUCCCUUGCCUGAUCUCUUUAUAUACUCACACAAGAUCCAUUCAUAAUACCUGCAUCGUUCGUCCCUGUCCUCCUCCCCACUCCCUCUCAAAUCCAAUCAUCCCAUUGUUACAAUUAUUAUUGCAAGAAAAGGGUUGAUCUUUGCGGCCGUAUUGUCACAGUAUUGUAACAUUUGGGCGUCCUCUCCAGAUUGGGUUAUGCAUAUUCAUGUACAUUGCGAGUAGAAGAAGAAAGAAGAAGAACAAAGAACAAGAAGAAUCUGGGCUCUGUCUGAUUGUUUCUGUUCUGCAACACAUCCAUACUCGUAAAUACUCCCUAUUCAUUAGAGAGAGCUGAGUGGGGGCUGAGGCGGAGGAGGAUCAGAACGAUGACCCUUGAGAAAUAUCUGCCUGCCCCGCCUUCAUUGCCUCCUCCUCUUCAUGGUCCCAACCAUUCAAUGGCACGCAGAUCACAGAUGAGAGGGCAUGGCCACUGCUUUUCCUCUGCAGAUCGCCUCUUCGAUGAAGCUUAUCGAGCUGAUGUGAAGAUCAAUGCGAGAGGUGGCUAUGUCAUCUAUGCUCAUGCUAGCAUCUUGGGUGUGGCUUCACCAGUAAUCAAAGCAAUGUUAAGAAAAUCAACUAGACAAAGGCAACAGAGACAUCUAUCAAUCUCAAUCCUGGGCGUUCCGGCGGAGGCUGUUCAUGUCUUUGUUAGAUACCUGUAUUCAUCCUGUUAUGAAGAAUCGAAAAUGAAGGAACACGCGUUGAGUUUGUUAGUUUUGGCACAUUCGUAUGUGGUUCCUCAGCUCAAGAGGGAAUGUGAGUGGGUGAUAGAAGACGGGUUGAUAAAUACCGAAAAUGCCAUGGAUGUUUUCCAGACUGCUCUACUGUGUGAUGCCCCUCGGCUUAGUUUUAUCAGCCACCGGUUUAUCUUGAAAAACCUCAAACCGGUUUGUGCUACACAAGGAUGGAGGGCGAUGAAGGAAAGCCAUCCUGCUCUUGAGAAAGAGAUCUUGGGGUCUGUCAUAUAUCAUGACAUUAUGCAAAAGGAAAGGGUUAGAAAGAUGAAUGAGAGGAAAACAUAUAUGAGUUUGUAUGAAGCCAUGGAAGCACUUGUUCACAUAUGCAAGGAGGGUUGCCGUACCAUUGGUCCAUACGAUAAGGUGCUGAAAGGAGAUGAAGAUCCAUGCAGACACGGGGCGUGCAAGGGGAUAGAGGCGCUGAUUCGCCACUUUGCAGGGUGCAAAACCCGGAUUCCGGGAGGUUGCGUACGGUGCAAGAGAAUGUGGCAAGUCUUUGAACUUCACUCCAGGCUCUGCGCCGAUCCAGACAGCUGCAGAGUUCCUCUCUGCAAGAACUUCAGGAUGAGGAGGAAACAGGUGAAGAAGGAUGAUAUUAAAUGGAGGAUAUUAGUGAGAAAGAUAGUGAGAUCCAAGAGCAUCUAUGGAGCCCCAUUUUUCUCAUUGGAAUCAGCUUGAAUUCUCCUCAGGCUCUGCUCUUCAAUUCCCACUUCUGCUGUGUACUACUGCUAAUGUAAAGCUUCAUUCAUAUAUUCAUUAUGUACUACUGGCAUCAUCACUCUUUAUAAUUUUGAUUAAGAGAGUGAUGUCUCAGAAUAAAAGUGAAAUCUUUCUACUUUUUAGAUGUCUCCCAACUGAAGAUAAAAGAAAGAAUUGAGAUUAAAGUUGCAAGAACAAA